CAGUUGACAAUAUAACAAAUACGUACCAGAUUUUGACACACUACGAACUAAAUAUUAACCUUUCUUUAUAUUGCAUAUAAAUACUGACCUGGUUAAUUUAGCACAAACAAUCAUUUAACAAGAAAAUCAAGAAUGGAAAUGUCUGCCGAAAUGAUGAAGGCUAUAAAGGAAAUGAGGUCCAUGCCUCCCGUACCAUGCCCAGAGUAUGAAGGAAUACCUUACCCAACCUUUCUAACUUUUCGAAAUAAAGGAGCAGAACAAACCAUACAGGGAAUAAAGGACUUCCAGUCACGGGAAACAGAUAUAAUGAUAUGCACUCAUUCAAAGUCAGGCACUCAUUGGACAUAUGAAAUUUUGGCAUUGAUUAUAAGUAAUACAACAGAAUUAGCCAAAGAGACAAAGGGGGAAAAGAUGCUGGAAGCAAUACCUGAUUUAUCCGUGCUUGAUGCGCUUCCAUCUCCCAGAAUUCUCGACACGCAUGUGCAGUUCCAGUAUAUACCCACACGUCAUGUUAAAAAAGGCGGCAAAAUUAUUCACAUGAUAAGGAAUCCUAAAGAUGUCAGCGUUUCACUCUAUAACCACGCUAGGAAAGAUAUUUCUCUAAAUUUAGAUAUACCAUGGAAUGAGUACUUUGAAAUUUGGAUGACGGGAAAAGUACCGUAUGGUUCAUGGUUUGAUUAUGAACAUGGAAUGGAACAAGCAGAAAAAGAUCAUCCGGGGCUAAUUUACACGUGUUACUACGAGGAUAUGAAAAAGAAUCCAACUAAAGAAAUUAAGAAGCUUGCAGACUUUCUUGAAAUAAACAUAACAGAAGAAACUGUUGAGGGCAUUGCCAAGGCAACAAGGUUUGACAAUAUGCAGAAGAACAAAAUGGAUGGGACAAAAUUCAUAUCAAGUGAUGGACAAGGUUUUAUUUAUAGAAAAGGUGAGAUAGGCGAUUGGAAGAAUUAUUAUACUGUUGCUCAAAAUGAACGAUACGAAGCUCUGUACAAGGAGAAAAUGAAGGACAGUAAAUACAAAUUUCAGUACGAAUAAAAAUGACUGUGCGAAACGAGUUACUUCAGCCAUUUGAGUUCGUAGUUUGCAGAUAAAGGAUAAAGAAAUGAGAGCUCAUCAACAGAAAUUUUUAGAAGUUAAGACAUAUUAUAAGGGACGUUACUCUUAAAAGUCACUGGAACGUUUGUGUCAAUGAAUUUUAUAGAUAUAUAUACCAUUAGCUUCUUAGUCACACAGAAUAUUCAAUUUAUGUUUCACAUGAAUGCUUUUAAGGGGGUUACUAUGAAACUGCCUGUAAUAAAUACAUUUCUGAUUUUCAAGAUUUAUCUCACUUUACCAAGGUCUGUCUUAUUUAUUUUAUUUUAUUUUUUAUUUUUAUUAUGGAUAAUACUGUCAAUAUUUUAUUCAGAUAUCAUGUUUUGACAGUGUUGUGUUUGAGUUGUUCACUUGUCUUUCGACAUCUUCCAUGUUCCUCGUCAUAAAUAUUUAUCAUCCA